GGUUCGGCGCUGGGGAUGUGUUCUUCCCUUCCGCGUGAUGCCCCUGCCCCGCAUAUGGCGGCGCUCGAGUGGAAGCCGGAAAUAAGGGCCCCCUAUAAUGUCUAGUUUCUUCUUUUUAGCUCUACCUCCGUGUGUUCGGAUGCUCUCCGCGCUUCUUACCUCAGGCGGGUUUUCCCGCCUUUUUCGCUUCUAGGAGGCGGGCGGCAGGAGGACACUUCUCCCCACCUCCGCUCAUUUUUUUAAAUCCUCUUUUUAUGGGGGUUUAUGAUUAAAUAAACCUCUCCCGUAGGAUGAAGUGCGUAAUUGGGGGCACCCACCUUAGAGGUUGAAGUAAGAGAAGUCCGAUGCUUCCACACUGAAGGUUUCUUACAUAACUAAUUCAGAAUGCAAACACACUAUUGUUAUUUUUUCUGCAGUAUUUGGGAGGGCCAUACAUGCUCUAGCUCGAAUUGGCGAUGAAUUUUGGUUUGAUCCUAUUGAAAAAGGACUUUCCCUAAGGUCUGUGAAUUCUUCUAGGUCGGCAUAUGCUUGUAUCUUCUUUUCAUCUAUGUUCUUUCAACACUACUCUUGUAGAAAUGUACCUGAAUUGUGUCGGAAUAAAAAUUAUGUACAACAGAUGUGUAAAUUAGUAAUAAAGGCAGUGCUACCUGUAUUUAGGUGCUUAAACACGCUGGAAAAGAAUGUAGAGAAAUGCAUCAUUUAUACAAACUUCAGCAGCAGCCAUAUUGUCUUUCAGCUUCUCUGCAAACAUGGCAUUGUGAAAACUCAUAAUUUGGCUUUUCAAGAGAGUGAACCUUUGCAAGCUGUAUUUGCAAAGCAUCUGUGCCCCAAUAGACUGAAGAUCCAGACAAGGCAGCUGUCUGAUAUAUUGAUUCAUUUCCCAACCUAUCAAGAUGAAAUAACCUUAGCUGUAACACCAGUGAAAGUUUGUUUCAAGACUUAUGUUGAAGAUGAAAUGGAUUUUGCAAAGACAAUGCAUACUGAGAUACAUCUCCGUCCAGAAGAAUUUGAAUACUUUCAAGUUGGAGUUGACUCUGAAGUUACAUUUUGCCUUAAAGAGCUAAAGGGACUUCUGGCUUUUGCAGAAGCUAUCAGUGCUCCAGUCUCUGUUCAUUUUGAUGUUUCUGGAAAGCCCGUUGCCUUCAGCAUUGAGGAUGUGGUGAUAGAAGCAAGUUUUGUUUUAGCUACCUUGGCAGAUACUGAAAACAUGACCUCCUCCCACUAUUCUCCGUAUCCUGUGCAAGACCAGAAAAGGAGCCCUGCCUUGGAGAGAAGCAAUAAAGAUAUAAUCUCUAACAGAAACUUGAAAGACACAGAAACAGCCACCACAGAUAACUGUACCAUUAUGGGGAAAGUGGUCCCACCUGAUCCCGAGUAUGAUAAGUUCCAUUCCUUGUUUUUUGGAGCAGUUUCAUCCAAGGAGAAAGAUAUCAUUCAUGUAUUCCACAGUUUGGCAACAGAAAGCGACACAGAAGAGGAUUCUGGCAAUGGCGAAAUCUCCCAAACAUUUUAGUGAUGCAAAGUAUCUAUCUGCAACAAAUGGCUUAUAUUGUCAUUAAGUCACAUGGCUAUGCCUGGCAUCAGAUGUUGUAUCCCACUAUUCAGUGUUUUGCUCUUGGUUAGCAUUAGUGGAAGCUUCUGUAUUUUAUCCUCUUUGUCACCUGUGUAAGCUUUUUAGUUAUUUCUCAAUGUAUGUCAUCCCUGCUUGAUGAAAUUCAGUUCAAUUAGCAUACCCUCCCUCUUUGUUAUUUGCCUUAUCUUUAAUGUUUGAUUCUUUUGAAACUGGUUAAUUUAGGGGAUGCAGAUGUGGUAUAGAUCCAGUUCAGUCCUCAGACAUUAUCUUAUAAAACUUGAUUAAAAAUAGGUGUUAACUAAGCACAAA